CUAAAUAAACCGGCUAGCUAGGGGUCUUGGCGAACGAAAAAGGGGGAAGCGGUGGGCGGUGCAGGAAGAGAUCCAUGGCGUCGAAGGUGUCGCUCAAGGGGAAGAGGAAGGCCGGGAAGGGCUCCAAGGGGCCGGAGGAGCGGUCGGCGUGCAAGUGCUUCAAGGAGUGGAGCACCUGGGCGAUGAAGAAGGCCAAGGUGAUCACUCACUAUGGCUUUAUUCUCCUCAUCAUCACCAUCGGCAUGAACUCCGAGCCCAAGCCCCAGCUCUACCAGCUGCUCAGUCCCGUCUGAUGCCUCCCUCCACCAUCGGCAAGCUUUUAGGAGAUUUGGAUUGCCGACGAUCGAUUUCCAUUAGGUAUGGCUGACCUUGUUAUACUGCGUGCAUCACUAGGGUAGAGAAAUCAGUCCAAGAUUGUGUUACUUGUGAUCGAUUUCAAGAACAGUUUGCGGACUCCUUUACCCUCUGUCGAUCAUCGUAUGUGAUUGAGCCUGAGAUGUAUGCUGACAGAAUCUUUACCGAUAGAUGACAACAUGUAUGCAAGCAAGAGACUCUUACUGCUUCCUAGCACUAGCAUUUCCCUGUGGGCGGGCACUCAACCUUCUUCUUGACUCCUCAUUCAAAAGCUCCUCAAUUCCACCAGACCAUGUGCGUCCAUCAGCGGAAACGGAAGACGCAGAGCCGGUAAAAGGAAGCCAGUCUGACAUCGAUAUGGCACAAGCAGCAGCAGAGGCAGAGGUGGACGUGGUGGUGCCGAAGAUUUGGGCUCCGGAAUCUCCGGCAUUCUUGGAAAUCAGUGAAGGCGACAUCCACUCUACUGCUUCGGCCAUCUCAGGUCUCGUCAUCACAGAGAAGUGGGAAACUGGAGGCCGAAGCUACUUCAAAAGCAGC